AGAAACGGAAUUAAAAAAUCUUUAAUAUCUUUCCAGCAACUGGCCUCCAUUGCUGCAGCGCUGAGCGCGCGCACACACGCCGACACUGUGGGCCUUUAAAGCGUCGCCAGAGCGGAAGGAGGAAAGUGACCCUCCGAUUCAAGAGCGGCUUCUUUACACUGACAUCACUCAGCGUCCGAGGAAAAAGGGGGGAAACGGCUGGAGUGGAUGUGUUGAAUGUAUAGCGCUGCUCACAUUGACAUCGUGACAACACCAGCGCUGUCCGUGGAUCUGUGCGAGUCGCUCCCCUGAUUGUGUAAUAUCAUUUUUUCACCCCCUUCCUGCAAAAGCGGCCGAACCUGCACCCGAGAGCGCAGGAGAGAGAGCAGCGGCAGAAGCAGCAGAAGAAGAAGAAGAAGAAGAAGAAGAGGAGGAGGAGGAGGCGAGAGCAGGGGGAUCGCAGCCUUCAUCAGAAUUUAUUUUUUCUUGUUAUUACAUGGCGCAAGGGCUAUACAAACGGGACCGUCCUGGGUGUGAUACUGCCACGGUGAAUUUGGAUAUCCACGCAGCAGCAGCACCACCAUCCUCCUCCAUCCGCCGAAGAAGCACCGUGGGUUGCGGCGGCGCCCACACCGACUCCUCAUCCUCCUCCUGCCGGCUCCAUGUCGAGUGAUGGUCGGCUUGCCUUGCUGGAUGCUCCCCGCUCUCUCCGGAUCGUCGACCACCGAACCUCCUCUGACCGCAGACCCCCAUUUUCGGCGGAAACCUUCCCAGAGCUAUAGGGCUACAUAUGGAAACUGGGGAUCAAAAUUUUAGGAAAAAGGAAAAUCUAAGCGGUUAAUUUAUUUUUUUUAAAACUAAUUUAUUACUAUUUUUGUUAGGUUUCGAUCUGGUUUUGAGCGUGUGUGUUUCUUUGCGCCGGCUAAUGAAUUAAUUUAGUCGUUGAGCCUUGAUUUCCUCAUUCCACCGGGUUGAUUUGUGAGAAGACAGAUUUGCUUUUAACCUCACAACAGGCUGUUAUAAAACACGCAGGGAAUCGCUUUUAUUUCCUCUCGACAGGACUCGAAUCGGUCCGUUUGUUUACUCUUCGCUGUCACCACUAAUAUGACAGAUUUAGAUUUUGUCCUUCGUUUCCUUCCCCAGUUUAUUUUUACUAAUAAAAGCCACUAGAAUAAUACUAUUAAUAACAACAAUAGUCUUUAGAAUAGCUCUAUUUCUGAAUACUUACUAGUAAACGUAAUGUUAUAGCCUUUGACUAAAGCAACUUGUUGUAACAGACGUAUUGAACUGUUGUACUUCAAACCUGCCAUUACUCCAACACCGCACCCCCCACCCACCCAGCCGUCUCUUUGCUCCAUUUGAGCUCGUGUAAAUUCAGCUCAGUGCUUAUAGCUGUGAUCUCUACAAGUCAACGAACAGGUUGUACAAAAUCAGCCUUGCUUGUCUUUUUAGGCUCCUCUUAGUUACCCCAGGCUUUAAUUAACCAGUCAUAGAUCUGUGUUAAUAAUCACAUUUGUAGCUUUUGUUUUCUUGCUGCAAGUGGCUCCAGUGCUGGGCUCCAUCUGCAGCUCCAGGCCUGCUGAGGUGCUGUCAUCCUCUGCAUACCUAAUUUUUCCACACAUCUUUUUGGGUGUGAAAGUUAAAACAAACAGAGAGGAGAGACUUCACCGCCUCUUCCUCUCUCCCCCUUCUCUCUGCCAUAGUUAGUUUUUUCUCUUGUUUUGGUCCUCACCCAAACGCAACCAUAAGGUUCCUACCGCAUCCUCCGCCUCCUUCUUCCCUCUCCUUCCGCUCGAGUAUAUCCCGUUUUUUCGGUUUGAUUUGGUCCCGCAAAUUUUCAAAUAUUUACUUCCUAUACAUCAAGAGGAAAGGGGGUCCCCCUUUCAUGGAAUGCGGAAACAUGGGUCUGUUCGACCGCGGAGUCCAGAUGCUGCUGACCACGGUGGGCGCCUUCGCGGCCUUCAGCCUCAUGACCAUCGCGGUCGGCACGGACUACUGGCUGUACUCCCGCGGCGUCUGCAGGACCAAGUCCAUGAGCGAGAACGAGACCAGCAAGAAGAACGAGGAGGUGAUGACCCACUCGGGCCUGUGGAGGACGUGUUGCUUGGAAGGAAACUUCAAAGGCAUGUGUAAACAGAUAGACCACUUUCCCGAGGAAACAGAUUAUGAAGCAGACCCAUCUGAGUACUUCUUACGUGCGGUGCGAGCCUCCAGCAUCUUCCCCAUCCUUAGCGUCAUCCUGCUCUUCAUGGGAGGCCUGUGUAUAGCUGCCAGUGAGUUCUACAAGUCACGCCACAACAUCAUCCUCAGCGCAGGGAUCUUCUUUGUGUCUGCAGGCCUGAGCAACAUCAUCGGGAUCAUUGUGUACAUAUCAGCCAACGCAGGAGACCCUUCAAAAAGUGACUCGAAGAAGAACAGCUACUCUUACGGCUGGUCUUUCUACUUCGGUGCCCUCUCCUUCAUCAUGGCUGAGAUGGUGGGCGUCUUGGCCGUGCACAUGUUCAUCGACCGCCAUCGACAGCUGCGAAUAGGGGCGCGCGCAGCCGACUACCUCCAAGGCUCGGCCAUAACACGGAUCCCCAGCUACCGCUACCGCUACAGACGCCGCUCGCGCUCCUCCUCCCGCUCCACAGACCCGUCGCAUUCUCGCGACACCUCGCCGGUGGGCCUCAAGGGCUUCAGCGCGCUGCCAUCCACGGAGAUCUCCAUGUACACGCUUCCCCGGGACACCCUCAAAUCCUCCGGCACACCAACCGCCACCUACAACUCUGAGAGGGACCACAACUUCCUGCAAGUCCACAACUGCAUCCAGAAGGACUUGAAAGACUCGAGCCACACCAACACAGCGAACCGCCGCACCACGCCUGUAUGAGAGAGUCGACACAGGCCAGGCCAGCACGGCGGAGACCAGGAGACACGGAAACCCCUGUGGGUGGAGAACGCCCCAGGAGAAGAUGGAUUUCCAUGUUUAUAGACAUUUGUUCUUUUUGUUCAGCUGCAUGACUUUUCCAUUACCAUUGUUGAGAGAGUUUCAACAAGUCUGCUGUGUUCCUGGAUUGAAUGGCAGAGGACUGAGAGUGGGACAGGAUGUCCCAAGGAAGUGAGCUCUGUCAGGUAUUUUUGAGCAGGAUUUGUUUGAGGUUCGGGGCGCUGACAGGGAGGGUGGGAGGGGUGGGCAUUUAUGAGACAAAGAAUUGGUUUCAUCAUUUCAUUGCCCUUAUGUUUGACAGUAUUGCCCCACAAGUUUGGUUGGAGCAACAGGUCAAGCUCCCCCCUCAGCCAGCCUGCCACCUCUUUUAUUUACUGACUGAUUUGUUCAUUUUUUUUGCAUUAAAACUGUGAAUUGUUACAGCUUGGGAUUCAGUAAGAAUUACCCCAAUCUGUAAUCUCUAACAAAGGUACUAUAUAUACAUAUAUAUAUGUAUUACUUUUAUAAAUCAAUUAUUACGUUAAUAAUCAAGAGAUACAGACUUUACCGAAGCAAAAAAAGAGAAAAAACACACACACAUACACAAAAAAAAUCGAGUUAACUAAACCAAGUGCUGUUGGUAAUAUGAGAAAAGACUCUUUUAGUAUCCUUUCAUUCGAAGGUCGAGAACAAGAGAUGGUCCUUCAGGUAGCAGCAGUACAGCAGCCACCACAGGCAGACGCAGACAGUAGAAUAAUAUCUUUUAAUAGAACCUUCUCGUCUUUUUCUCGGUCCCUGUUCACUUUCUUUUUUUAUAUGGGGGGGGUCGUAACGCGAGAGUCGAAACCCCUUAACAGAAAGAGCCAACAAAAGGGGGUUAAAGGUCACACAAAGCGAAGACUCCAAACACGACUUCUGCUAAAUAAGAAAGGAAGGAGCAGAGGGCAAGGAAAAGAAGAGGACGCCAAACACAAAAAUAAAAACAAGUUAAAUAUGAAAUAGUACAAGAGAAGCUAAGUGACUCACAAUUUCAGAAAUUAAAUGCAUGCUAUAAAAUUACAGCAAAUCUGCUCUGAGAAACUUAAGUUUUAAAGGUUAAUAAUUAUAAAGGGGGGGGGGGAAAGCCAAGGCGCUAAAGUAUUAAUGUUUUCAUGUGUAUUUUUCUUAUGUUUUUUAUUUAUUUAUUUAGUUCAUUACUGCUUUUGUGAGACGAACCAAACAAUCUACAUGGAACAAAACUGCUUUUUUAAAUGGUUU